AUGUUCAACAUCCUUUCCCUGUUCCAAAACUUCAAGAAGACUGGCGCCGGCUAUGUCAUUCUCAACAUCAUCCGGGUUCUCAACAUUAUCACAUUGGGUCUUAUUGUUGCGGGGAGCUGGAUCAUGCUCGUCAGGACCGUCCAGACAUCAAACUUCUUUUUCUUCGAUGGCGUUACCCACUUUGCUACGAGCACGAUCAGCAUAUUUCUGAUCCUUUCAGAGCUUUGUCUCUUCAAAGGCUGGUUCUCGAGAAACUGGCCUUUGUUCAGCGAGGAGUCAGGUCUUAUCACUUUGGCUUUGUCUAUGACCAUUCUGGGUUGCAAUCUGCUUGGCAACCUCAACAAGCCUGCAACUUCGCAAGAAGCUAUUGGCAUAUCAUUCUGGAGCGUGGUCGUUGCUGGAGGCAUUCUCGGCCUUGUCUUUGGAGUCAUCAACUUCAUUGCUCAUUAUGCCUUCCGCAUUCGCAAGAAGGGUAUUACAUCCCGCCAAAUCAGAGCCCACGGCGCAAAAGUCUUGCUUGACGACCUACCAAAGUCGGUGCGCAGCAACUCAACUGGACCCAGGUCGUUCGAGCUUCCCCAGUACACCAAGGAGAAUGAGAACCGUCAGUCAAAAUUCAGACUUGGCAACUUCAAGUUCAAUAACCCAAUCCGCUCGUCGCUCAUCUCGAGACCAGUUCCCACCAACACCAAGCAGUUCAAGGAGUGGGAAGACCGUUGCGAACCUAUCAACCACCUUCAGGUACCGCCACCAACGCGCCACCCAGCCUACACCGCAUCUGUGUACAGCCGCAACAGUGGAGCAUUUUAG